CAGUCUCGUCACUACUCAGUCUUGUCACUUUGGUGGAGUGUUGCUCGUGAUAGCCAGUGCAUUCUCAUUGUGUUAUCUAUUGAAUACCGUAUUAUAAAGCUCGAGAAGAGACUAUAGAAGAAGCGUUGAAAUUUACAAGUUCACAGAGAAAUUAUCGCUACAAUUACCAGGAUGAAAAUUUUGUUACUGACGGCUGCGGUGGUGGCAAGUGCGCUGGGCCACACACUACACCUGGGGCGUACCUGCCCUGACCUCUUACCCUUCCCUAACCUCUCUGUUGAUAAGGUACUUGGGCGGUGGUACGUGAUGCACAAGUUCGACACGGAUAACACGUGCUUGGUGUGGAACAUCACCCUCGGCCAGCUGCCAGACACCCUGCUGGUGACAGAGACCCGACAGCUGUCUUUCCUCGACGUGUUUGGUGUCGAUCACACUCACACCGUCACUGCCAAUAUCGAAAUACCCAACCUGGAAGUCCCCGCCAGGAUGCGAGUUCGCUGGCCCACUUCAGCACUGACGGGCAAGGCGGAUUUCAUCGUGUUCGACACAGACUACGAUUCCUACAUGGCUGUGUUUGAGUGUGACCGGGCGGGUCUCCUUCACCGCCGCUCUGCCACCAUCCUCUCCCGCACCAACACAAUCGAUGAGAUGUUCGUCAAAAGGGUGCGUCGUCUGCUGGAGACUGCCGACGUGACCCACACAGCCCUCUCCACCAUCAGCCACGAAACCUGCCGACAUUCAGGGCAACACAACUGGCAUGUGGAUGAGGAGUUGUUUGGACUGUUGCCGGGUGUGGACGAGGCUGAGGUGAAGCGACGGGUGUCUGACGGUGUCUUGGACUACGACAUCACACAGGUGGAGAUUAUCGGCGAGGGUGUCACUGCUGAAGACUCCGGUUUCCGCGGCAGCCUCAAGCGGCCUCCUGCUGUGUAACUCACCUGGUGGUCAAGACUAUUCAGUUGAUCCAAGUCAUAUACUGUAUAAUUCUUACUUGGCUCAUGCGAGAUCAGUUAUACAGUACUGCACUGGACCAUCUUAAGUCACAGUGAUAUUUCAAGGUCAAUACAAUCAAUGGGUCACUCUAAAGCCAUUUGAGCGUCACCAAGGCCAAAUGAAUCGUCUUUGGCUCAGGAGACGAGGUGGCAACUUGGGAGAUUCACAGAACUUUACCUCAACUUACUAUAACUAACUCUCCUAACUCAGGAGAGAACCUAUUGUAUGUAACACUUAUCUAAUUACAAGUUAGAAUACAGUAACUUUUAUAAUCUAUAAAAUGUAAAUAUAUAUAAUAUAAUGGUAUUUACACCUCAAUGUAGUUGAUAUAUCUUAUUCAUUGAACGUCGUGGACGAAUAUAGUGGGGCUUGGUAUUUUUUUUCCGCCAGGCAGCAGGGUUUCAGAUCUAAAAAAAGAAAUCUUGCAAAGAAUCUUUGGCAGUGUUGCCAUUUUAGGUAUUUCCUGCUAAAUCUGGCGACUUUGACCUGAAGUCCAGCAGGUAAUCGCCAUUGAUCACAUACAAAAGUAGAUUAAAGGAAUAUUAUUUAAGUGA